AUGCCGUUGGAAGUAUGCAAUUUGGAUAAGCCGUUUAGGAGAUAUCACGUUUGUACUGAAGACUGGUUAACAGCCGGCCGAACGCACUCGGCCGGACAGGAAGGGAAUUGGCUUCGCUCGGCCUUCUCCAGGACCGAUCCGGCCGCACGACCGCACCGUCCGACCCGGGAGGCAAUGGACCACGAUCGACCGAGAUCAUCACAUCACGGCCGACCCCGACGGCCGACCAGCAAAUGCCGCGUCGACCCGAUCUCCGCGAACAAGAAGCCCACUUAUGCAGUUGACAAAGAACCAAGAGUUGGGAAGGAUAAGGUUGAGAGAGGACCAAGGAUUGAGAAGCCACGUCUUGAGAGGGCUAGAGUUGAGAAACCACGUUCUGAUAGACCACGAGCUGAUAGACUUGUUCAAGCCCCUUGUGUGCUUGAUGAAGAAAGCCUUCAAGCUUUGUUUGAUGAGCCACUAGGAAGGGCUCUAAAAGAAGGGGAGGAUGUAGCCUCUAAGGCAAGACCAGGUGAUAAAAGAAAGGAUCCACCAGCUCAGGCCCCUUCAUUCAAGCCAUCUCAGCUCACAAUGACUUUGUUCCCCACCAAGUUUGAAAAUGGGAAGAUUGAGUACAAGAUAAGGUACAAGGGGAGAUCAAGGCCAUUCUCUAGAGCCAAAGCCUUGGUGACUUCAGAACAAUCCAGGGACCCAACCAAGCUAAAGGAGCUUCUGUCUCAAGUCCUCACUAUCACCCUUGAUGGUGACAAAGGAAGCCAGCUCGACCGACAGCUCGAUCGAGCUAGAAACAAGGGCAACUCGAUCGAGUUCCACAACUCGACCAAGGAACCAACUUCAAGAAGCAACCAGUUUAAGAUGUUGAGAGGUGAAGGAAGCAAGGCAACUUCACAGAGAGGAAGGCUUCCUGCCCAAGAGCCUCACAGAGACUCUUCUUUCGAGUCUUCAGAGAAGGAGGAAGGCUUCCAAGGCCAGAUGCUCCAGCUCGACCACCGGACUCGAUCGAGUCCAAACAGAGGAAACUCAACUCGGUCGAGCUGA